AUGGAAUCAGUCGGAAAGCAAGGAAGCCCCGAUGCCCCGAUCGAAGAAAACGACCGUGUCGGCAAAGACACGGCGACGGCGACCGCCAAACGCUCCUACAAGUGCACCUUCUGCAAACGAGGUUUCACCAACGGUCAGGCCUUGGGAGGGCACAUGAACAUACAUCGGAAAGAUCGAGCCAAGGCUAGGAAACAGACGAGCUCUACGGUUCCGAUUCGACCGAUGAAUGAGGAGUCCAUGAACCCUAGAUACGUUCCAACAAUCCCAACUCAUGAAAAUGGUCCCGUGAAUCUUCAAGCACAAGUAUCUAACCCUAGAAUCCCAUAUGGUUAUUAUGACCGUGAUUUUCUUGCAUAUGCCAGGCCGCAAUCUUUCAGCAUCAAUGAAGAGCUUUUGGGUCCCAAUUUGAGGUUACGAAUCGGAACUACAAUCGUCGAUGACAAUGAAAUGAUGAUGAGGGGAAUCAUGAAAGAAGAUGAAAUAGAUUUGGAGCUUCGACUCGGUCACGAUCCUUAA